GGGGGCUGGUCCCCCCUGUCCCUCCUCCCCACUCUCCCCAUGUCACUGCAGGCAGAGGAGGACACUGAGCCGAGAUGUGAGUACUGCGGCAGCCUGCUGAGGCCAUUCCCUUUCCCCGAGGAUGUCCCUUUCCUUGAGGAUGUCCCUGUCCUUGAGGAUGUCCCUUUCUCCAAGGACAUGGAAUACAGAUUCUGCUGCAAGAGCCACCGAGACCUCUAUGAGUUCAUCCUGAAGGAGAGGAAGAGGCUCAAGGAUGCCUGCAGCAUUCCCAGAGCCGUCAGCACCCAUGAAUACCACGGCUCCGAAGCCCAUCAGCUGCAGUCAAAGGAGCAAGAGAACCAGAGGCACCACGAGUUCGGAUUCUCUCCAGUCCCCCCUGACUCCUCUGUAACUGGACUGCACAAGGAGGAGACAAGGCAGCAGGAGAGCCAUCUGUCUAGAGGGUCACCCGUCCUGUCUUUGGAGCCGACUGCCACUGAAGGUUCACACGAAGCUGGAACCACAUCGCCCAAGGGCGAGAUGCCGAUGCCUGCUGGAAGUGUAGCCAAGACCGAGGAGGAGCCCGAGCCCAAGCCUAAGGCUGAGCCCGAGCUCGAGCCCAAGCCUGAGGAGGAGCUCCAGCCCGAGCACAAGGAGGAGACCGAGGCUGAGCACAAGCCCGAGGCUGAGCCCAAGCCCGAGGCUGAGCCCAAGCCCGAGGCUGAGCCCAAGCCCGAGCCCAAGUCCAAAGAGGAGUACGAGCCCAAGGAGGAGCCUGAGGAAGAGCCCAAGCCUGAACCCAAGGAGGAGCCUAGACCCAGGCCUGGGCCCAAGCUUGGGCCCGAGCCUGAGUCUGAGCCCAAGAAGGAGACCACACCCAAGCCCAAGGAGGAGCCUAGGCCCGAGCUUGGGCCCGAGCCUGAGAAGGAGCCCAAGCCUGAGCUUGAGGAACAGCCUAAACCUGACCUCGAGGAGCAGCCCAAGCUCGAGCUCAUGGAGGAGCAGCCCAAGCUCGAGCUCAUGGAGGAGCAGCCCAAGCUCGAGCUCAUGGAGGAGCAGCCCAAGCUUGAGCUCAUGGAGGAGCAGCCCAAGCUCGAGCUCAUGGAGGAGCCCAUGUCCUGCCGUGUCACCAGCUCUGGUUUCAGGCCCCUGGGGAGGAAGGUGAGGAAGAGUAAAUUGGUGCAAAAGUACUAUAAACAUGGAAGGAAAUUCCUUACCCUGCUCCCAGAUGGAACCUCACAGUUAUUCUAUCCAUCUGGAAACCUGGCCAUCAUGGUUACACGAGAGGGAGACCAGAUGAUUUGCACAGUACAGGAAGACGAGCCGAGGACUGCCAAAAUCCGCGCGCUGUUCCAGUCCGACGGCAGGAGCACGUGCUAUUACCCCAACGGAGAUGAGUGGAUAAACAUGAGUAUCCAAGGAGGGCAGUAUUUGGACCAAGCAGGCAGCAGGGUGAAAAGGUGGACGUGGCCAAACAUGUCACCAGGACCCCAUGUCCCACUGAGCCCCAUCUUCAUCUCCUUGAACCGGCACGUGGGGGUCAGGAUUCUGGCCCAGGACAAGAUCAUCAUCUCCUUCCUCGCCAUGGGGCGACAGGCAAAGUUCAACAUGGGGACCAAAGUGCAGGUCGGUGCUGCCGGGGGGCCGCCUGCCCCAGCCCGGCUGGGCAGGGACGAGCUCCUGCUGCAUGCCUUCCGGGUCAGGAUCCUGCAGCUCUUCAACAGCAUGCGGGGAUGCAUCAGCUUUCCUUCCAGUGAGCAGUGGAACAAAAUGCAGCCUCCCGCGUACGUCCUGAGCCAGGCUGCGAAGAUCAUGGAGCUCUGCGCUGCCGCCGACAUCAGCGAGGAGCUGCGCAGCUCCAUCCGGGCCAUAGUAAACGCACAGCUCUGAGCAGCAGCACGUGUGUGGUGUGAGCAGAGACACUCCCCAGCCACGGCACCUGCACACGCUCACGAGGGCUCCCCUCGGCCCUGCCCUGCUGUGAGCAAAGGGCAGCCCGGGGCUCAUCCCCACGGCCCCUCGGGGGUCUCGCCCAGGGCAGGCAGCACCGGCCCACACUGAGCUCACCUUGGCAAUGGAGGCACGAGGGGGCUUUGCUCAGAUCACCACACAGGCACCACUUUGCUGCUCCUGAUGAGGUGGCACCAGCAGGAUGCCCAAGUGUCCCUGGCACCAGUGCUGCUGGCAGCUGAGCUGCCAGUACAAGACAAGGUGGUUCCCUGUGCAGAGAGAGACAAAUGACCACGGAGUACCCAAGGCGAUCACCUACAAUCGGCCCCAGGGAGCACCAGCUGCAGCCCGGGACGAGCUCUGGUUAAAGCACUGCAAACACCAAGCCCUCAGCACGCAUUUAGAGGCCCCUGGGCCACAGGGGCUGCAGCUGGCAGCCCCCCAGAGCUGCCUGGGGUUCACCUGGCCAUCUUUCCCCAGGGUGGCCACACCUGAGCUGUGGAGCUGCCCAAAGAACAAGGCCAAGCCCCACGUGCCCCUCCCGGCACGCAGAGGUUCUCGGGGGGCUUACACACGACAGACACAAGCUCAGUGACCUUGGAAAGUUGGCAUUUUAUGUGGUUUUUCAAUUGCAAUUCCAAGAAUGUCCAUCAGUGACAAACAAGGUACUUCACACAGGAAAUGGGAACUCUUUUAUUUCAAUUAAUGUUUUUGGGUUCUAUUCAGGACAGCAGGAAGGCCCAGCUCAUCUUUCCAACUGCCAAGGAAGAACCGCUGGAGCUGGCCCACAUGAUUAAAGAGCAGCUGAUCUUAAUUUUCACUGAAGUCACCAAAUGAUGUAACUAAUCCGCAUGUAAUUUUGCUUAUAUAAUUCAAUAUAUAACACACUGUUCUACUCUGUCAUAGAUUUUGAAAAAUAUACAAACCUGUUUUAACCACAUUAGAGAGAAUUUGUAGACAGCUGUCAAUUACUCAACAGUUUAGGACAGUAUCAGACACUCCUAUAACUUCAUUUUAAACUACAAAAAGAACAUAAAUUCAUAUAAAAUACAACAGAUUAAACAAACUUUUCUUUUUCCAAGGAAAAAUUA